AUGAGUCUUAUCAAAUCGCUCGCCGUCGCUCUCGCGGCCUUGCCCCUCGGCUUCGCAACGCAAACUUUCCAGAAUAGCGGCACCAAAGCUGGAUUCGACUAUGUCCUCACAGAGAACAAGGGCCAAGUCCUUGAGGUGUCUGACAUCACAUACAAAGGCUCCUCGGCUCUCCUGAUGCAACAAACCUUUACACCAGGCUACACAGGCCGAUAUCACUCUGAGGUUUAUCACAACCAGGGAUAUAAGCGUGGUGAUGAGCUGUUCUACGGCUUCAUGUUCCGAUUAUCUUCAGCUUGGGAGUUUGAUCAGCAAUCAUACAACAUUGCUCAGUUCAUUGCUGAUCGACCUGGCGCUGGCUGUGAAGACGAUGAUUGGAUGCCCUCAUCGCUCAUUUGGAUCGAGGGCAACCAGCUCAACUCUCGAAUUGUCAGCGGCAACUACAAACAGCCAGAUUGCAGCCGCAGUUUCACCGGCACGGGAAAUAUUGCGACAGUAUCCGCCGGCGUGUGGCACAAGGUCAUCAUCCAAGCCAAGUGGGCUAGCGACAGCUCAGGUUACUACAAGAUGUGGUUCGAUGGCAAUAAGGUCUACGAGCACUACAAUAUUGCUACAACCACAAAUGACGACUACGAGUUUGCAUUCCGUGUCGGCCUUUACGCCAACGGCUGGCACGACAACAACCACCAGAUGGUUGGUAACCAGGGAUUCCGCCAAAUCUGGUAUGACGAGGUUGCUGUUGGCACCACUUUUAAGGAUGUGGACCCCGAUCAGUACGAGUAA